AUGAGCAGUAUUGACUUAAAGGACUAAAAUCAAGAAAAUUAAUAAAACUAAUAAAGUAAAUCAUAAAAAAAACAACGAAAAAUCAUUGACAAACUAACUCAACUUACUGAGGAGUAUUUUUAGUAAUCAUAAGUAAUUAUAGAUUUUAAGUAGAAUAUAAAUUAGGAUGGAAUCUCCUCUAGUAAGUCUUUGGCUUAGAUAUCUAACAAUUAAUUAAGAAAACAAUAAAUCAACCGAUUAGUUGAGGAAUGCUGUAAAAUGAAGAAUGUAUCCAAAAGCAUAAUCAUUAGCUUAAAGAAAUUCCUCCAGAAUAGGUUUUAAAAAUGGUUAAAACUUACGAUAUGUUAUUUGCUAGUCAAUCCAAAUAGGUAAUAAUAAAUGAAUUCAAUAUUUAAAUUAUCGAUAUCAAAUUGAGAGUCCAUCAUGAAUUUGAAGAUUAUUUAUAUUCUUAACACCCCUUAAUCCAUAAUACAUUCAGAAGAGGCCUAUGCUAUUUAAUAUAAGACAAUGAAUAUUCAAUUAUAAGGAGAGGACUUAAAAAAUUCUUUGAUAUGUAAUAUUAUAUUGAUUCAAAAGAAAUUUAAAGUAAUUUUACAGCUAAGGCAAUUCAAAUUUGACCAAUAAGACAGAUUAAAUAAUAAAUAAUUAUACAUUAUCUUGUUUGCCAAAGGAGUCUGAAAUCAAAAUAACUUAAAUGGAAAAGGUUAAUGGAGAAAAUGCAUAAAUUUCUUAUAUUAGAACUUUGGAUCGUUGGGUUAUAGGAUCAAAGAAUGUGACAUUAUUAUGUAUAGAUGAAUCUGAACUAAAAUAAUAUGAUUCUUAAAUUACUAAUGAUCCUCUUGAUUCAAGAUACAAAUAUGCUAUAAAAAUUGCAUAGGAAUGGUUAAAAAUAAUUGCAUUAUCUAAAAAUGUUGAUACCAUAAAGAAUUAUUUAAAUGAACAUACAUUAAUUGGAGAAUAUUGUGGAAAUAUUGAAUAUUAGCACCUUGUAUAAUAUGAUCAUGUAUAACUUAAAUUUUAUGCAUUGGUUCCUAAAUUAAGUAAUGAAUCUUCAGUAACUUGUCUUCAUCCAGAUUUUACUUUAAAUUUAUUAUAAUCAUUAGAAUUAAAUAUAGUUAAGUUCAAUCAUAUUAUUGCUGAAAAUUAUUAAGAUUUUAUAAAGAAGUUAUUGGAUUUAACUAGGAAUAUUUCAAUAUCAAAAUUAUAAGAUGAUGGUGAAGGAAAUGUAUUAUAUUUUAGUGAUUCACAAAAAGAGUGUUUCUCUUUAGCUAAAUUAAAAACACUAGAAUGUAAUUUAAUAUUAACAAUUUUAGAUAGAUUUAAAAGAAAAAUAAGAGAAAAAUUAAGAUUGAUUAUAACUAAGAAUCAAGAUCCAAAUUUAACAUUAGAUAAAUAUGUGGAUGAAGUAACAUAAUUAUUGAAGGAGCUUAAUCAAAUUUAUGAAGAUCCUAUUUAAAUAGAUCUAAAUAUAGAUUUAGCUAAAAAAUGCUUUGAAGCUGCUAAAAUUGAGAGUAUUCAAAAAAAUACAGAUUUUAAGAAUUUUUGUUUAGAAUUAAUUGAUAAUAAAUUCUUAUCAUUUUUGACAGAAAUAGAACAAAAUUAAUAAGAAAAUGUUUUUGAAUUAGCAUAUUAGAGAAAAAAUAUAAUUUGA